AUGAUACCAAGCUGUACAGUGACAAUUUACAGUAACCUGACGACGAUGUUAAAUAUCGACGAACGUUUACGAGAGAAAAAAGAAUGGACAACGGGUUGGCGUGAAGUAGCAAAUGGAUUUUGCUUAAAAUGGAAUUUCCCUCAUUGCAUUGGUGCACUCGAUGGGAAACAUGUACAGAUAGAAGCACCAGAGAACAGCGAAAGUGUAUAUUAUAAUUAUCAUGGCACAUUUAGUAUUGUGUUGAUGGCUAUAGCAGAUGCUGACUAUCGUAUUAUUUAUGCCGAUGUGGGAUGCCAGGGCAGAAUUUCUGACGACAAAAUUCAAAGCCAAGUUACUCCUUUUGUAUUGGUAGCAGAUGAUGCAUUUUCAUUAAACACAAACCUUAUGAAGCCCUUCCCAGGUCCAUAUCCAAAAGAUUCCCAAGAAAGAGCGUUUAACUAUCGAUUAAGUAGAGCUCGACGGAUUAUUGAGAAUGUGUUUGGUUUGCUGGCGACAGUUUUCCGAGUAUUUAGAAAGCCUAUUCCAUUACACCCUAAGAAAUCAGUACGGAUGUACACACCACCUGCCAYAUUUGAUAGUGAAGAUUUAGAUACUGGUUCAAUAACACCUGGAUCAUGGAGAGCAGAAACUAAGGGAAGUUUACUUGAUUUACAGCGCAUCCCAAGAAAUGCUUCUCAAGAAGCUAAAGAAAUCAGAAAAGAAUUCGCCAAAUUUUUUAUUUCAGAAGAAGGAAAAGUACCAUGGCAAGAAAGAUUUGCAUAA